AGUGGAACACUAACUAAAAGCACACUGUUCUCUCUCUCUAUCUCUGCUCUAAAGUUCUAGGGUUCGGUGAAAGCAUGCUGUCAGCUACUGGGAAAAAGGAGAAGCUCUCCGCUUCCAAGGGCUCCGAGAUUGAAGUCUCUUCCAACGAGUCUAACGGCAAUGUAUGGUACCGCGCCAUCCUGGAAGAGAAUCUCGCCGUCUCCAAGCGCAAGAAGCUCUCCGUUCGCCACUUAAACCCUCUGUCCAGCGAAGAAGACCACUCUCCUUCGUUAAUCACAACCGCUGUCCACCGUCUGAUCCGCCCCCUUCCGCCGCCGGAUCCGUCCUCUCCUGAAGAAGUUGAUUUCGAGGAAGGCGACAUGGUUGACGCUGCUCAUAGAGGUGGAUGGUGGUCUGGCUGGGUGGUUAAGGUCUUGCCUGGUCACCGUUUCUUGGUGUACCUCAAGUUCGAGCCUGACGUCAUCGAGGUUGAAAGGAAGGAGCUGAGGACGCAUAUGGUUUGGGAAGAUGAAGAGUGGUUCCGUUGCGAGAAACGACAUUUGAUGAAGUCGGAGUAUAGCGCCGGAGCUAAUGUAGAAGUGAGGACACAGGUUGAAGAUUUUGGUGAUAUUUGGGUUUCGGCUAUAGCCAUCAUGGAGAAUGAAGAUGGGACGUUGCUGUUGUUGAAGUACAAGAGUUUGAGCGGUGGAGAAGAAGAAGAUGAGUGGACCAAGAGAAACGUUCCUUACUCUGAAGUCAGGCCUCCACCACCGCCUUUUGAUUUAAGAGCUUUUGGGUUGAUGGAACAUGUGGAUGCUUUGCUUGAGUCUGGAUGGUGUCCGAGUGUAGUAAGCAUGGUUCUUACUGGGGAUAGAUACACUGUCCUUGUGGGAACAAACAAGGAGAGUAAAGACUUUGAACAGUCGCAGCUAAGACCGUCUAUGGAGUGGAAAGGUGGAGCUUGGCUAACUAAAGAAAAGGUUUCGGAUGAAAAGGAGAGUCGUCAGCAUGCAGCUGAGGUAGCAACAGGUUCAACCCGCAUAAGGGUAAAACUGAGGUCGACACGAUCUUCUAGGUGCACUAAGAAUCUUCCUCCUCCUGCCUCUCCUGAUGUUGCAGAAGCUGGUAAAGAAUCUGUAACACAGCUCCCCCAAACUCCAGCUAAGUUAUCUGGAGAUUUAGCAAGUAAAAGAGCUAAUGCUGUGGUGAAUGGUGGCAACACACUAGUCUCAAAGCAACCAGAGAUAGCAGCAGAAACAAAAGAGUAUCACUCAUCGGUAGUCCUGGGUGUAGCUGCAGUCCAGCUGACGAAAACAACUCCGAGGAAGAAACAAACAGUGAUGAAGAAUCAAAAGGUAUCUUCUGCUGAUGAAGCCAAGCAGGCACCUGAGGAGUCUAGUAACAGAGAGAGUGUUAAUAAGAGGAAGAGAGGACGUCAGCCACGUAAGUUCAUAAGCACAGAGCCUAAUCAAAAGCAGAAGACAGGUGUGGCGGCUAAUGGUACUGCUGAUAUGACUGAUGAUGAUGAUCAGCCUCUUGCUUCAUGGAUCCACGGUGGAAACUCAUCAUCAGGGCAAUCAGCUCCUCGGGCGGCUCCUCCUGAUCCUUCUGUAGUGGAAAAGCAUGUCGUGGAAACUCCUAAAGCGAAAGAUUCAACAAUGGUUCUGCCAUUUGCGAAAAAGUCACCGUGUUGGAAAGUCCUCGAAUCAAUGGAGAUCUUCAAAGCUGUGCCGCAGCGUCCACACUUCAGCCCGCUGCUACAAUGCGAGGAAGAGUCUCGUGAAGGAGAUGCUAUUGGUGCAAUGGUGAACUUCACCGGGCUGUUGGAGAAACUCAGCAACAUACAAGUGGACAGUUCAGUGAGCGCGAUAAACAGGAUCAAAGAGUCCUUUCUCAAGCUGGAGAAGCACGGGUUCGAUAUCACAGCUCCUCUGUCUCGGAUCGAGAAGCUACUGUCUAUUAAAGAGAACCAGACGUGGGCGUUGGAAGAGUUGCAAGCUGCUGAGAGAGAGAUCACAGAGAAUGAUAACAAAAGAAGGAAGUGUGAAGAAGAUAUUGAACUAGUGUCCAAGAAGAUUGUUGAGUUGCAGAAGCAAGAAGCGUUGUUGAAGGAAGCGAAAGUGACAAUGGACAAGGAGAUUGCUCGGAUGCAUACCCACGCAGCUGUUCUUGACCAGAAGGUUCAGAAUGUGGAGGAGGAGUUUCAAGCAACUGUGAGUCUCCCAUGGUAGUAAUGAUAAUAAUAAUAAGCUAGGCAUAUCAUCUAAAUGAAUGUUUGUGUAAUAAUAACUUUUGACUCAGUGUUUGUGGAAUCUUCAAAAGAACAAACGAGAAGUUCUAGAUUCUUAUAAUGGACAUGAUGUCUUUAGCCUU